CUUCAUCUUGUUCAACAUCACUCGGCGGUGGAUGCAUUCGAAGAGGCAGCAGCGUGCCCCCACGACGUAAGUACUUUAUUGUACGUGAAAAAUGAUGAAAGUCCGUCCGACGCUACCAUCAGUUCGUGCAAACUCAAAGGAAGAAGCUGGAACUCCUUUUCUAGCUAUGUUUCUCCUGAUGUGGACUGCAAUUGGGGAUCCACAAAGAUGAAGAAAAACUGAAGUAGAACACGCGUCACGUAGUUUUCAACGCAAAAAGUUGUACAGGCGUAUUCGUGCUGACCCCUCGUCCAAACGUUGCCAAAUAGAGAAUCAUUGGAUAUGGAUUGUAAAAAUGUCUGGGGCUGGAAGGAUGUAACUUGUGAUGCGCAUUUCAGGACACAGAAAAAUCUGGCAUGCAUAGGUAGCAAAAGCUAUCCACUUUCUGUGCCCAAAAUGGGGGAUUUGUCAUGCGGAUUCGGCAUUGCGGAAGCUUUUCGAAACCUGUGAUGCUAGAGGUUCCAUGCCAGACCUUCAGUGUCAUGCAAAAACAGCAUGACUCUUCCAGACCCAGACAUUUUUGCAUUUAAUAGUGGACGGCGCUUUGCAAUCGUACUGUGACGAUACCGUCGCCAAACGCGCGCCUGGCAAAUGGUUCGGGAUGCAAAGAUUCGUUGUGCUUGUGGGCGAGCAUGAUCCACCUCCUCUGGUGGCGGAAAACAGGCCUUUGGCUCCUUCGGAAGAUGAAACCGAAGAAAGCAGCCCCCCUUCUUUAUCUCUGCGCGCAUACAUCGGGGAGAUCGAGGGGGGCACGCAAAACGGGUACGGGAAAAUGGUGUACCACUCUAAUGCUGCCGAUUGCGCGGGGAACCAGGAACCAUCCUACGAAGGGCAGUGGAGCAAAUCAAAGCGGUCGGGGAAAGGCACCAUGAGGUACUGCGACGGCUCCGUUUUCAAGGGGGAGUGGAAGGACGACAAGCCGUCGAAGGGAGUGUUCCAGUGGACCACCGCGGAUGGUACCGUACAUGAGUACAAGGGAGGCAUCAAAGGAAACAAGCUACACGGUGUGCUACUAUUUUUCUACUUGGCCCAAGUCUUUUGUAGAUACCGAAAACUAAAAAACGACUUUCAUAUACGAGCGAGUGUAUGAAAGACCGAAUUAAGAAUAAAAACACGACUGCGCUUGACAGAAGUGCGUAUUUUUACGUAAGAAAACCGAGAAAACUAUCCUACUUUCUACGACUAGAACGAAGAGGGAAGGGUAUGCUUUCAGGGAAUGGGAAUAAACGAAAUUUAGGUUCUCCACCAAUGUUGACCGAUUGGUUGAACACGCAAGAUGCUCACGCCAAAGUUCGGAAAUCAUUCGUUCGAGAUACCCACAAAAGACUGGAAAAA